AUGUCACACAAACAAAACCCUUUGAACGAGCAGAGCUACCAGUACGAGCAAGGAACAAGUCCAGAAAUAAGAAAACUCAAUGGCAUUAUGGAUGCUGUCUCCAGGCAAUAUUGCUUUAUGAACAUGCUCGAAAUCACAUUGUAUAAUAUGAUCGAAUGUUUAUAUAGAAAGUAUAAUAAUAAAAUUAUGGCACCACCUUCAUCUCCACCAUCAAUUGAUGAUAGAACAUUUAUUACCAAUUUAUUCAAAUCAUUGGAUAUCAAUGGUGAUGGCAAAUUAACCAAACAAGAAAUAAAAGAUGGUUUCUUCAAAUUAAAGAUCCCAUCUACUGAUGCAAGCAUAGAUCAAUUCCUUCAAUUUGCUGAUGAAAAUCAUGAUGGUCAAGUUACUCUACCUGAAUUUACACAUUAUAUUGAAAGAAAUUUAAUAUCAUUAAAAAAAAUAUUUAAUGAAUUGGAUACAGAUAAAUCUGGUACGUUGGACUUUCAAGAGAUUGAACAAUCAAUUAAUAAGCUUGGAUUAAAGUUGUAUUCUGAUCAAGAGUUGGUUAGAUUGUUUCAUCGUAUCGAUUCAAACAAGGACAAUAGAAUAGAUUUUAAUGAAUGGAGAGAAUUGUUGGUAUUAUUGCCAAGUUCCAAUUUGUCGGCAUUGGUUGCAUUUUGGAAGGACAGUCAAAUUUUGGAUGGUGGAGGUGAUGGUGGAGGUUUCAUUCCACCACCCAUCACUGUCGUUGCAGAGGCUGCUAAAAACUUGAGUGCAACUGGAUCGGUGAUGGAUUCGAUUCGUGCUACCAUGACCUAUAUGGGUGCUGGUGCCAUCGCAGGUGUUGUCUCUAGAACUGCCACCGCACCAAUCGAACGUGUAAAGAUUACCUGUCAAAUCAACCAUGGUUCCAACAAGUCCAUUCCAGAGGUUUUUAGACAAGUUUUUGCCGAUGGUGGCUUCAGAGGUAUGUUUAGAGGUAAUUUGGCCAACGUUCUCAAAGUGUCGCCAGAAAGUGCCAUCAAAUUUGGUUCUUUUGAAGCCAUCAAGAGAUUGUUUGCCGAAAGUGACUCUGAAUUGACUAGUCAACAAAGAUUUAUUUCUGGUGCUUCGGCCGGUGUCAUUAGUCAUACCUCUCUCUUUCCAUUAGAGGUUGUUAGAACUCGUCUUUCUGCUGCUCAUACUGGUGCCUAUAGUGGUAUUGUCGAUUGUUUCAAACAAACCUAUCAAACCGGUGGUCUACGUGUCUUUUACAGAGGAUUGGGUGCAUCCAUCUUCUCUACCAUACCUCAUGCAGGUAUCAACAUGACAGUCUAUGAAGGUCUCAAACAUGAAAUCAUCAAAAGAACAGGAACUGCAUACCCAUCUAGCACCGCCUUGUUGGCAUGUGCAUCCGUCUCAUCGGUAUGUGGUCAAAUGGUUGGUUACCCAUUCCAUGUAAUCAAAACUCGUAUUGUCACUCAAGGUACCCCAAUCAACCCAGAGAUCUACUCUGGUCUCUUUGAUGGUCUCUCAAAAACAGUCAAAAAGGAAGGUUUCAAAGGUCUCUAUAGAGGUAUCAUUCCAAAUUUUAUGAAAUCAAUUCCUUCUCAUGCCAUUACUUUUGGUGUUUAUGAACAAUUAAAACAAACUUUUAAUAUUUCAAAAAAAUCAAAACAUUAA